AUGAAAAGGUCGGCCCCAUCCACACCGUUCGACGAUAGGCCGUACGUUCAACAACCAGUAUCAUGCCAGUUUUGUCGGUCGCGGAAAUUAAAAUGCGAUCGUGGCCGCCCAUCAUGUUUCAACUGUCGAUCUCGCAACAAAGACUGCAUCUACGGAGCUGACCGAGGACACGCCCCUGCCCCAGCAGUUUCAGUACCGUCACUGAUUGGUGACAGCCCGCAUCCAACACGGGACAAUCUAGAUCUGGCAGAGCGUGUGGCGAGGCUGGAACGUGCCGUAUUUUCCCAACGGGAGCCUGUCUCAAGAACUGCCCAACCAACUCAUCACACCAGCUUCCGCACAGUAAAUCAUGACGAGGAGCAGCAAAAAACGUCGCAGUGGCUUGAAGGGCUCUUGACAGAAGAUGUCCCAGGCGCAAGCUCAACGCCAGCCUCCAUGAAUGUAGACAUGGACAAUAUCAUACGCGACUUCCCAGUCUUUGACGACGCCACUGCACUUUUGGAUCAUUACACACAGUCUGUCGACGCCACCUACCGCAUACUGCAUAGGCCUACAGCAUGGAAUAUGCUUGACGCGCUGUAUCAUGACCUGAACGCAGGCCGCACGCCUUCAGCCACACAACUGGCCUUUUUCUUGUGCAUCUUUGCUGGAAGUGUAUACGUAUCGAAACAUGACUUUCAGUUCGAAUCGCCUUCGCUGCAUGGCCACUCCCAGCAAGCUCUAGCCGAAAUCUGGGCUCAACAAGCUGUGCAACUACUUACGGACCCCCCAGCGCCUCCCUCUGUCCCGGCGUUGCAGACAAUUGUUAGCCUGGCUCACUUAUGCACGCAGAUGGAAGGUCUUCGCAAAAACUUCAAUGUAUUGAGUGCAUAUGGCAUUCAAAUGGCGCGGGUUAUGAAGCUCCAUCGCUUGGAUUCACGCCCGAGCCGUGAAGAACGACGCAAGAAUGGCGCCGACAUGGUGGAUGUAGAGGUGAAAAGGCGUAUUUGGUGGCAUAUGGCUGCCUCUGACUGGCUCAUGUCGUAUAACAGCGGACCAAACGAGGGGACGUAUUUGCUACAUCCUCAGCAAAUGGAGACGGAUCAUCCAAGCAAUGUUGAAGACACAAAUAUACCUCAAGGUACAACAUUUCUCACGGAAGAAUCCUACGCGCUACCUCUCACCAAACCUACAUCCAUGACGUACUUUAUUCAUCGCAUUCAGUCUGCGACUUUGGCACGAGAAGUUGUCGAUAACCUACCAGUGUCAUUCUUCUCCUCGCCGGCCCUGGAGAGCUGCGCCGAGCUGUACGAAAAUGUCAAGGUAAUGAAUCAAAAGGCUCACGCUGCACUUAUUCGUGAGAUGCCACAUCUGGAAUGGCAACGGUACCUCAUCAACUUCGUGCUUCAUACGCAGCUAGCACGCCUUCAUCGACCGUUUUUAAUACGAGGCUCGAGACAGCCAGAGUAUGGAGAAUCGCGCCUUCAAUGCAUUCAGUCGGCGGAAAUAGUCGUGCACAUUAGAAACCGCGUCAUGUACAACCACAGUGUCGGAUCGUUUACGUAUGUUAUGCAGCAUUUUCUAAAUGCCGCCAUCAUCUUGGCCAUGGAUGCAUGCUUCAACCCCGACAAGGUACACGCGCCCCGUCGCAAGCAAGAGGUUCUUAGAGCUUGUCGCGCUCUGGAGCAUGAUUUGAACGCCAAGCUAGUACCAGUCAAUGGCACGUCUGAUGAGGACAUGUCCAGUGGUCAAUCUAUGGUGCAGUCGUUUCAGAACGCGGUGCGCAACCUCCGCAGUACUUUGAAGAACCAUGUGCGCGAAGACGAUACCGACAACACCAACUCAUCUGCUCAAGACAUAGGUCCUCUUGUAGUGCCACCGUCACUCCAGCAGAGACGAAUGGCUACACGAUCUAGAUCAUCCAUGUCAACAUCUAACGUUGGAAAUCUGCCGCCUUCAGAACCAUUCACAGGCACUGGCGGGCAUGGAAAUGCAGCGGAUGAGAUGCCAGUAAUUGAAGAAGAAGCUGCAGACGUCAAUACACCACCUGAUAUCGUACUUGAUAAGCUCUGGGACGACUUUUUUUCUGUUGGAUCAACUUUCAACGAUACGGAUUGGGAUAUUUUCUUUUCGGACGUUGGCGCCAAUAUGGGUUGA